AUGACAGAGUUUUCCGACUAUGUGCCACAUAUCACACAGGAGUUAAUCGAUAGGGGACAUGCUAGACGCAUGAGUAUUCUAGAAGAUUAUUUUGCGGUGAUGGAAAGGCAGAGACUUUAUAAAAACUUUAAUCUAUACGGCCAAUUCAACCAACCAUUCACGAAGACACAAUUGGCAACAGCAUUGAGACCAAUCUUAUUGAAAUAUCCCAUUCUUGCCACAGCUAUUAUCCCAAAGCAAUUUCCUGAUUACGAACCUUUCUAUACAAGUAAAAAAUACUAUGACAGGCCAUAUCCCAUUUGUGAUUAUAUCAAACCUGCACAGAAAGUCACUUUACAGGACAUUUUGCUGAACGAACAGGUCGAACAUAAGGACACCGUCGACACUAUUCUGACCAAAUUCAUAGAAUAUGACUAUCAAUACACUGGUGAAGUAGUUGAGUUGAUUGGGUCUUUUUUUUUCCCUGAAUUUGACGGCAGCACGCCCAAUUGGAGGAUCUUAUGCUUACCUUUGCCGGGAGAAAAGGAUACUGGCAAAUAUUCUCAGCUGGUGUUUAUCAGCAAUCAUUGUUUGUCUGAUGGUAUAAGCGCCGUCAAUUUUUUACAAGAUCUCGCGAAGGCUAUGGCAAAUGCGAGGCCUUCAAAAGAUACCAACGACACACCACUUACAAUCAUCGACUACUCUCAAGAUUACAAAGACAUGGCCAAACUGCCUCCUCCUAUCACAAAAUAUGUCGAACAUAGGUCUAGCCUUGUUGAUCUCCUCAAAUUAGUAAUGUCUAAUUUCGUCAAGAACCAUCUAACCUAUAAGUCAGAUGCUGAAAUUACUGCAAGGUUAUUACCGCUUAAUCCACAAAGGUAUCAUAUUCUGUUGAAUUUCAAUCCAGCCCAAAUUUCCUCUUUAAAAGAAGUGGUCAAGAGGAACGUUCACAGAACUUGUACUAUUACACCUUUUCUGGAAGCUUGUUUCCUUGUGGCUCUUCACAGGUAUGGUAAAAUAUUCAGAAAAAAUUGGACCGAAUGGGGGUUCGAUGUAGCCGUCGCAAUAAAUACAAGAAAGUUCCUACCCGAAGACGAUGAACUGAAAGACAUCUAUAAAUAUGGAUCCAGUAUCGGUGGAUUCCAUUACACGCAUUUAAUAUCUUCAUUUGAUAUCGAAUACAAUGAAAAAGAAAAAUUUUGGAAACUAGUCGAAUAUUAUUUCGGAUUACUCUCAAAUCACCAUGAUGCUUUAGUCGGACUCGGAAUACUCAUGUCGGACCAAGUUUGCCAAAGUCAAAAUAUAGAUAACAUGCUGUGCAAUGAUUAUCUGAACCAGAAAAGAGGAGGCCUGCUGUUAAGUAACGUUGGUUACCAUCCACAAAAUACAGACAGUUCACCGCAUAUCAGGGAUUUGGUAUUUUCUCAAACGGCUGGAGCGCUAAAGUUCACCUUCGGCAUGAACGCAAUUGCUACGAAUGGCAAUGGAUUGAACAUUGACUUGAACAUUGCGAAGUCAGCAAUAUCGGGGAAAGACGAGUGGCUUGUCUUCUGCAGAGAGUUUGAAAGCGUGGUCAGGAACUUUACAGAAAGUACAUAG